AUGGAUGGAGCUUCUCUUAUAGUGAAAUGCUUGAAAGAACAGGGUGUCGAGUACAUGUUCGGAGUUGUCGGAUUUCCUAUCAUUGAAAUUGGAAUGGCAGCUCAAGCUUUUGGUAUCAAAUAUGUUGGAUGUAGAAAUGAACAAGCUGCUUGCUACGCUGCUCAAGCAAUGGGUUAUUUGACUCAUCGUCCAGUCGCAUGCUUGGUUGUUUCUGGCCCAGGAUUACUACAUGUAAUUGGAGGACUGGCUAAUGCUACUGUCAACUGUUGGCCUGUCGUCUGUAUAGGAGGUUCCUCUGAUGUGGAUCAAGAAUGCCGUGGAGCGUUUCAAGAAUGGCCACAAGUCGAAAGCGCCCGACUUUCUUGUAAAUAUGUUAGCCGACCUGCUUCUCUUGAAAGCAUACCAAUCCAUGUGGAAAAGGCUGUUCGCUCUGCUAUGUAUGGACGACCUGGGGCAGUCUACCUCGACAUUCCAGGAAAUCUAGUACUUUCCAAUAUUGAAGAGGAACAAAUUCCUUCGGUUUCAAUUGUUCCACUUCCUGGUCCGAUUGCUAUCCCACCUCGUUCACAGAUUCAAGAAGCUAUUAGAUGCAUUCAAAACGCUAAAAAUCCCUUGGUUAUUGUUGGAAAAGGGUGUGCCUGGUCACAGCAUGGUCCAGAGAACGUAAGAAAUUUUUUGGAACGUUCUGGAUUACCUUGGCUCGCGACACCAGGAGGAAAAGGUGUAGCGUCAGAUUUGUGUGAAAGAAAUGUCGGUCCCGCUCGAUCGAAAGCUCUUCGUGAAAGCGAUUGCGUUAUUUUACUCGGAGCCCGUCUCAAUUGGAUGCUACACUUUGGUCUUCCACCUCGAUUUGGCAACAAUGUCAAAAUAGUUCAGAUCGACCUAAGCCCUGAAGAAUUUCAUCAAAAUAUCGAAACAACAGUCCCACUUCUCGGAGAUAUAGGAGAAACUCUAUCAGAAAUUGUCGAAAAUUGGAACAAUUGGAAAUUCAGUCAGAAAACUGAAUGGUUCAAAGCUUUGAAAGAAGUUUCGGAUAAGAACAGGGAUAUCGUUGAGAGUUAUGCACACGACCACAAACUACCACUGAAUUAUUAUGCGGCUUACCAUCCUAUCCGCGAGUUCAUAAUGAAGAAUGAUGUGAUUGUUGUGAAUGAGGGAGCAAAUACCAUGGAUAUCGGACGAACAAUGAUGCCAUCGACAAAACCAAAAAGACGUUUAGAUGCCGGUACCUUCGGUACAAUGGGUGUAGGACAAGGGUAUGCUCUAGCUGCUGCAUUGUACUGUCGUGAUCAUUCUCCUUCAACAAAAGUUUUGGUUGUUCAAGGAGACAGCGCUUUCGGGUUUUCAGGAAUGGAACUCGAAACGAUUGCCAGAUAUAAAUUGCCAGUUGUCACAGUUAUUCUUAAUAACAGUGGAAUUUAUCGUGGUCUUUUACCCGAGGAUAUGAAUUCGAUCGAAGGAGAUCCUACCAUUCAAUAUCCGGUCUUAUCCCUGACUCCAGAAUGUCGGUAUGAUUUGAUGUGUAAAUCUCUCGGUGGUGAUGGAUUUAUAGUCAAAUCAACAACGGAAAUCAAGAAAUGCCUCGAUAAGGCGUAUUCCAAGAAAGAUGGCCCUUCUCUAAUCAAUGUGAUCAUAGCAACGGAUUCAGAACGCAAAGCACAAGCUCACUCAUGGUUAACACGAUCGAAGAUGUAA